AAUAAAAAACACUCGUCUACUUGGCAUAUAUGCUGCUGUCUCGAUGCCUGUAUUUAUUUUGCUUUCUUAAACUCUAAGAUUCGUUACUUACUACGUGGUCGUCUUCUUAAUUUCCUUGCUGUUACUGUCUCUGCUGACUGCUGCUGUUCUCCCAAAGUUCACCGAUCAUCCUGAAAUCCGGCAACUUCCAAUCGCACCUUUUUCCAUCACCUUCUAUAUCUCGGGGGUGCAAAUCUGCUGCAAACACUGGAAAUGGGCCGGUCUAAGAAAGGCAGUGGACGUGGGAAGGGUGGAGGCCCAGGGCCUACCUCUCAGAAGAAGAUAACCGGGGUGGGAUCUGGUGAUGGUCAGAAGGAGAAGCAACAGGCAACUGCUGUUGCAAGGGGAGGAAGUACUGCCCCUAUCUCCAUUGCCCAAGCUCUUGGUAAUGCCUUUGUGGAGCAGUAUUACGAUAUUCUUCACCAUACACCAGAAUUGGUGCAUGGGUUUUAUCGAGAUUCAAGUUUUCUAAGCAGGCCAGAUGUGAAUGGAAAUAUGACGACAGUGACAACAAUGAAGGCAAUCAAGGAGAAGAUUCUGUCACUGAAUUAUGAAGACCAUAUGGCAGAGAUUGAAACCGCAGAUGCACAGGAUUCAUAUGGGGAAGGGGUGAUUGUUUUGGUAACUGGGUGUUUAAUUGCUAAGGAUAAUGUGAGAAAGAAGUUCACACAAACAUUCUUUCUGGCUCCACAAGACAUCAGCUACUUUAUCUUCAGCGAUGUUUUUAGAUAUAUUGGAGACAGUAAGAGCCAGAUUAAUUCUGUGCCAGUGAGAAAGGCCACGGAUGAUGAUUGUAUUGUUUGUGCUGACACCCUCAAGUGGGUUGCCUAUGGGCCUUGUGGUCAUAAGGACGUCUGCUCUACCUGUGUCAUUCGUCUCCGAUUUGUUUGUGAAGAUCGCAGAUGUUGCCUCUGCAAGCGUGAAUCAAAUAUCAUCUUUGUUACCAGAGCAUUGGGGGAUUAUACAAAGGUAAUAGAUGAUUUCACAGCUUUUCCAGAUGAUCCACCCGAAGGUCAAGUUGGGUCUUACUGGUAUCAUGAAGGGACACAAGCAUUCUUUGAUGACUUGGAUCAUUACGAGAUGAUGAAAGCCAUGUGCAUGUUGUCUUGUGCUGUUUGUCAGAAGGAUGAACAAAGAACUGCUGGAUCAAAGAGACGAGGGAAGUUUAAGAACCUUGAGCAGCUUAAAAGUCAUUUGCUCAAUCGGCAUCAGCUGCUUAUGUGCAGUUUGUGUUUGGAAGGCAGGAAGGUAUUUAUAUGUGAGCAAAAGUUAUAUAGUAAAGCACAGUUGAAUCAGCAUAUAUGGACAGGUGACUCAACAGUUGAUGGCAAUGAGAGUGAGGGAGGUGGAUUUACAGGACAUCCUUUCUGUGAAUUCUGUCAAAACCCAUUUUAUGGGGACAAUGAGCUAUACUUACAUAUGUCAACUGAACAUUAUACUUGCUAUAUAUGCCAAACGCAGCAUCCGGAACAGUAUGAGUACUAUAGGAAUUAUGAUGACAUGGAGUUAAUUGAGCCACAGAUUCAUUUUCGUCUAGAGCAUUUCUUAUGUGAGGACGAGGACUGUCUCUCCAAAAAGUUUGUUGUGUUUUCAACUAAUUCUGAAUUGAAGAGGCAUAUAGCCAUAGAACAUGGAGGACGCAAGUCCUAUUCUAAGCGUAAUACCACACUGCAGAUGCCAGUAAGCUUCCAGUAUCAAUGGAGUUAUGAUCAGAAUCAUGAGGGUUGGGGACACGGUCUUGAUUCACCAAGCAGUAUAAUUUCGUCAGGAACUCAGACUAGUCUACCAAUAGGUCAUACAGAAUGGUUCUACGAUUCUUCAACAAGUGCCCAAGUAUUUACCAGUGAUUCAGGAACUCGUGAAGAUAAUUCAAUUGUUGAUCCUUUUUGGUCAUUAGCAAUCAUAGAUUCUGAGCCAUCUUCAGGACAUUGUAACACACCACAAGAGUGUAGCUAUGAUCUGCUGGCAGAAUCAUCUUUCCCUCCACUUACCGCAACAUUUAACAGCAGCCAACAGAACUCCAGUAGCAGUUCAGUAGGAUUAGCUGGAUGCAGUUAUAGGGCCAGGCCUGCAUUCAAUUAUCAACCUAAUGUGUCAACCAGGAGGUAACAGUGAGUUUCUUUCAUUCAUGUGGAUUAUCAUCCUUGUUGUGUGUCUUAGUGGGAUAGUUUGUGGUGAAAAUAGCUUAUUGCUAGAUAUAAAUGUCUGUUGGCCCCAUGACAUGAUGAUAACAAUUAUGGUAUAUGUUAGGUUAGAUU